AUGGAGUCGAGGAAGAGAGUACUAGGUAGCAAGCACCCCGACACGCUCGUCAGCGUCAAUAACCUUGGGUCGGUACUAGAGAGCCAAGGCAAGUACGAGGAGGCAGAAGCGAUAUAUCAACGAGCGAUAGAAGUAAGAGAGAAGGUGCUUAGGCAUAAGCACCCUAACACGCUCACUAGCGUUAGCAACCUUGGGUCGGUGCUAGAGAGGCAGGGCAAGUACGAAGAGGCAGAAGUGAUGCAUCGACGAGAUCUAGAAGGAUCUAAGAAGGUGCUUGGGCGCGAGCGCCCUAACACGCUUACUAGCGUUAGCAACCUUGGGGUGGUGCUAGAGAGGCAGGGCAAGUAUGAGGAGGCAGAAGUGAUGCAUCGACGAGAUCUAGAAGGAUCUAAGAAGGUGCUUGGGCGCGAGCACCCUAACACGCUUACUAGCGUUAAUAACCUUGGGGUGGUGCUAGAGAGGCAGGGCAAGUACGAGGAGGCAGAAGUGAUGCAUCGACGAGNCGAGCACCCUAACACGCUUACUAGCGUUAAUAACCUUGGGGUGGUGCUAGAGAGGCAGGGCAAGUACGAGGAGGCAGAAGUGAUGCAUCGACGAGCGCUGGAAGGGAAUCUCUUAAUCUGUACAGCAGAGCGUGUGACGGGUACAGCGUGGUCCUCGGAGAGCAUCACCCUGAUACCCGAGCAUGUCGCCAAUACUAUAGCGAAGUGCUUUUAUUAUAUGAGCAGUCUCGGCUGGCAAGUUCUAGACAGAGAGAUUGAAGCAUAG